AUGAAGUUCAUCCUCAUCGCUCUGACUCUCGCUGCUACCGCCAUUGCCGGUGGCUCCGAUGAAGGCAAGAUCUGCAAGUCCGGCCAGUCUGUUGUCUGCUCUGGCAACGGUAACGCCGGUCUUCUGACCCUCGGCAACGUCGCCCCCGGUGCUCUGGGCGAGUCCUGCUCCGGCGGUGACGUUUACUGCUGUGACGAUAAGGAUGUCGCCAGCGGCAACCUCAUCAACCUGGACGUCAACGCCCAGUGCUCUCUCAACCACCUUCUUUAA